UGCCAAAAUGAAUGAACUUUACUGAUAACACUUACCAAGUUAAGCCAUUGCCAUAAUUUCAUUACACUGUAUGUUGCAGCUACAUUACAAAAAGACAUACAUCAACAGUGUUCUCUAUAUGUGGGUGUCAUCAUACUCAGUAAGAGCCAAUACGACUCAAUGGGCCUCCUGGCUGACCACAUGGUGUAGUCCGGACACCUCUCAAACUGAAACUGUCCCGCCGAGGCCAGCAGCUCCUGACAGGGCUUGCUCACACGUAUCUGGAGUGCCAGCCCUGUCAGGCAAAGGUUACGAG